CGCCACGAUAGACAUGUUUGUGCUGACAGCCGCCGCGGUUGUCUUGGCGCCUCUGCUGCUCAACCUUGGGAGCUGCUAUCGCGCGGUCUUGAACGACGCACGCAUCAUCUCGCUGGACCCUGCCCUGCAAAGCAAGCUAGAAGUGCUCUACGCUUAUCCCGGUUUCUGGGCCUUGUUCUGGUAUCGGCUCAGCCACGCUCUUCUCAUGAGAAACAUCCCUGGCCUUUCCUCCGUUGUGCCGAGGCUGGUAAUGUCUUUUGUCCGAUACGCCACCUCCAUCGACAUCCACCCGGCUGCCCAAAUCUCAAGAGAGGGAGUGUUGAUAGACCACGGAGCCGCGUUGGUGAUUGGCGCGACGGCCAUAAUCGGGGCCCGAGUUACACUGUACCACGGGGUUACUCUUGGCAACUCCGGGAAGAAGGUUUCCCCGGGAGGCAAAAGACAUCCGACCAUCGGAGACCGCGUUGUCCUCGGGGCUGGCGCAAAGAUUUUGGGAGACAUCACCGUCGAGGAUGACGUGCUCGUGGGGGCGAACUCGGUCGUCACCAAGUCUGUGCCGAAGCACCACACCGCCGUAGGUGUGCCCGCGAGAAUACUCUGCCAUGGCACCUGUUCAGGAAAGAAUGUGACGGGAGCGGCGAUCUGCGAGCUGCACAAACGUCUCAACAAAGUCGAAAAGGGCAGCGACGCCGUCGUAGGCCCUCAGAGACGAGAAGACGCGGAUGUCGCGGGCGGACAGCAUGUAGACAAAAGUCAGCAGCAGCAGCAGCAGCAGCGGGGGCCACAAGGAGAUGUAGAGGGGACGGAAGCUUCGUCGUUGGCGUGGCCGGUGUCUGACGUCACGAUCAUUCCUUCACCUUCGAGCGAAAACAACCACCAGCAGCAGAAGGAGACGUUUGAUGCGCCUGUACCCUCGUCGUUGCCAUCGACAUUGGAGAGCGGCAUUCGGCAAAUUUUGUACAGCCGAAACAUCCUCGAGGAGAUUGCUGUGAAUUGAGUCAAGUUCGUGUGAUGUAAACGGUGGUGGAGGAGGCACGCGUUGUGUGUGGUGGUGCUGGUCCCCCCACUACGGAUUCCUUGCGGUUGGCGGGGAGGGUCUUGGCUGAUACCUGUACAGUAGUAAUGAGAGUCGGAGUCGCAAGGACUGACGCUUCUCAUACAACCCAAAGAGAAAUGGGACUUUUCGGUGUGCCGAUGAGGAUCGAUUCGCUAGCUUUAGACCUACCUGUGUACGUAAAACAGUGUGCUCAUUCUACUUAUUGGUGUUGUCAAAAUCAGUUUUGGUGAGCUGGGCCUUGAUUUACGUCGAGGAUAAAGUUGAAUUGACUUGUGCUUUUUUUUGUGGUGUUGAUCAAAUGGUUGUGACGCAAUGUUCGUCGUUUGAAAAAGUGUUUGGUGUUUGAGGGGGGUUGAAAGAUUUUUUCCUUUGACUGAGCAUAGCUCUACUCGGUGUUUUAGAGAUAAACGGUGGUGAGGGGAAUUGAGUUUCGUGGCACGGCCUUCUUGCCAAGCGCCUGGCUGUAAUCCUCUUUUGGAUUAAUGUGAUGUUCAUUCUAAAGUGAUGUUUAUUGUUUGAUUAUUGGACGAUGAUUGCUUGGUUGCGGGGGACGGCAUACAUGGAUAUUACCAGUCGUUUGUGCUACAGCUUCAGGACAACAUUAGUGUGAGGGUCGCUCUAUGAGGUCCUUGGUUACCAGAGGCUGGGGAGGCGUGUGUGACUCACCUUUAGAUGUUGAUCGACGUCUCGUGUUGUAAACAACCUGUCGGCUCUCGACCAACCCAUCAUGACGACGUUCGCAUACAUAUGGCGUCAGCAGGAUACUGGUUCGAAUCUACUUGUUGUGUCACAUUUUCCCCGUGACUUGUGACAUUUGUCAUGGUCACAAUGUGUGUCAGUCCUGAAAGCACCUCUUUGGUCGGUCCUACAAUGAAUCUGUGACACCGGUACCGAAUCACCCGUCGUGUCUCCGAUGGGGAAGUUGUGAGGGUAAACUCUCAGGGCGAGAGAGUUAAGGAGGACCCGAUUCGCAGGGUAUCCAUCGAUUGAUAUUUCCCAGAAUCGGUACACCUUCGCAAAGGGGUUUUCACGACCACAUACAUACAUACAUUCACGAUAGCAUACACGCUAAUCCAUCUCUAUCUUUAGUACGGAUUUGCGUAAUAUAUCGCGAUAUUAAUCCAUUUUUUGCGAUAGUGAUACCACCGUGGGUGGCGUCCAAUUGUUGAGUGAGCCGAAAAGUACAAGUCAAAUCAACCCAUUCACGCAGGUGCUGUGGUACCGAUUCGCACACAUGCAAGUUCACGCUCAAUACCUUGCAUCUCCAAGUCGGCAAAAAAUGCAAUAUACAGGGAGUGCGCGUGCAUUUUUCGUAUUUUGCACAACAAGUUCCGCCCCCUAGUUUCUUAUCUCUGGGGCGUGUCUUCUCUUGUUCGGAUGUUGCCUGUCUUUGCGUCCGUUUCGAGGUGUGUUUCUUCUCAGCUUGGCUGCUUGACCCCUUUUUGUUAAAUGACGUGAAAAUUGAGGGAUUAAUUGCUUCAAUAUAUUGUUCUGAACGGCGGGCCGCAACAAACUGUAGAGCGAUCAUUGGCUCUGGCGGGACAACAAAGAAAACGUCUCCGUAGGAAUGAACUACAUACCACACGGAAUCAACUCGGACCGUCCAACUAGAUUCUCACUUCAGCCGACGUUCCAUCAGAAACAGACAUGGCGUUUACGGUACCAGGCACCUCGUCGUCUUUGCGAGAGCUUCGAAAAGCAAAACGAGAAACGCACCCCGCCAUGGCAAGCGUGAGAUGCAAAACGCGUUGUUGGUACAUCGUGCGCGCACGUCACCAAGCACUUACGUCCGCGCAACGACAUCCCCCUGACCCGAGCCUCUGUUCGCUUCACGUGGUAGGCGGAGGGAGCUGGCUCUCUUGAUGGGUCGGUCAAUAGCCGACAGGUUCUCGAAAAAGGGACGGAUGUUGAUCAUGUUGAUCACUCGUCAACUACAGAUCAAUAUCUGAGGCCAGCAGUGAUGAGUCGGUCGAAAACGGACAGGUUGUUUUUCAAUACAAGACGUCGAUCAACAUCUAUCUGAAGGUCAGCCUCUCGUGACCAAGGACCUCAUGUAGCGGCCCUCACACUACUGUUGUCCCAAAGCUGUCGCACACAAACGACAGGCAAUAUCCACAUAUUCCGUCCCCCCAAACCAACCAAUCACCGUCCAAGCAACAAACAUACAAAAACAUAUCACGCAACACAAGAAGAGGACUACAGCCAGGCGCUUGACAAGAAGGCCGUGCCACGAAACUCCUUCCCCCCACCAUCGUUUAUCUCUAACACCGAGAAGAGUUAUGAUCAGUCAAAGCAAAAUUUCCAAUCCCCUUCACGCACCGAACACUGUUUACAACGACAACAAUCGUUUGAUCCAAACCGGUCAUUACCGCAAAAUAAACAAGUCAACUCAAAUUCAUCCUCGGCGGUUGGCAAGGCCCAGCUCACCAAAACUGAAGUUGCCAACACCAAUAAGUAAAAAAAGCACACAGCUGUACGCACACAGGUAGGUCUAAAGCUACCGAAUCGAUCCUCAUCGGCACAACAAAAAUUCCUAUUGCUCUUUGAGUUGUUUCAGAAGCGUCAAUCCCUACGCCUCGACUGUGUACUACUGUACCACAUAGUGCAGCCAAGACCCUCCCCGCCAACCGCAAGGAAUCCGUAGUCGGGGGACCAGCACCACCACGCACAACGCGUGCCUCCUCACCACCGUAAUGUCACGCGAACUUGACUCAAUUCACAGCAAUCUCCUCGAGGAUGUUUUGGCUGUACAAAAUUUGCCCGAUGCCGCUCUCCAAUGUCGGUGGCAACGACGAGGGUACAGGCGCAUCAAACGCCUCCUUCUGCUGGUGGUUGUUUACGGUUGAAGGCGAAGGAAUGACCGUGACGUCAGACACCGGCGACGCCAACGACGAAGCUUCCGUCCCCUCUACAUCUCCUUGUGGCCCCCGCUGCUGCUGCUGCU